CCACCAGCAGCAGCAGCAGCAGCAGCACAGGAGCUGCCGUGCCUCGUCUUUCACGGAGGAGAUCCCGAAAGCCGGAGGAAACAGCGAAACCCCGUACAGCCAUGGCAGAGAACGCCGGCUUGGAGAACCACCGCAUCAAGAGCUUUAAAAACAAGGGGCGCGAUGUCGAGACUAUGCGAAGACAUCGAAAUGAGGUGACAGUCGAGUUGAGAAAGAACAAACGAGACGAACAUUUACUGAAGAAGAGAAACGUCCCGCAGGAGGAAAGUCUGGAGGACUCGGACGUCGACUUAGACUUCAAAGGACAAAAAGUUACGCUUGCUGCCAUCUUACAGAACGCAACAAGUAGCAAUGCAGUUAUACAGCUCAGCGCUGUGCAGGCAGCCAGAAAACUGCUCUCCAGUGACAGAAACCCUCCCAUCGAUGACUUGAUACAGUCUGGGAUUUUGCCCAUUUUAGUCAAAUGCCUGGAAAGAGACGACAACCCCUCUCUCCAGUUCGAGGCAGCGUGGGCUCUGACCAACAUUGCGUCCGGGACGUCGGCACAGACUCAGGCUGUGGUCAAAUCCCACGCAGUGCCGCUGUUCCUGCGGCUGCUAGAGUCUCCCCACCAGAACGUGUGCGAGCAGGCCGUAUGGGCCUUAGGAAACAUUAUCGGUGACGGCCCGCAGUGCAGGGACUACGUCAUCUCCCUGGGCGUGGUCAAGCCCCUGCUCACCUUCAUCGACCCGUCCAUCCCAAUCACCUUCCUCCGCAAUGUCACCUGGGUCAUCGUUAACCUGUGCCGCAACAAGGAUCCGCCUCCGCCCAUGGAGACUGUGCAAGAGAUUCUGCCCGCCCUUUGUGUGCUAAUAUAUCACACUGACAUUAACAUCCUAGUAGACACAGUGUGGGCUCUGUCUUACCUGACGGACGGGGGCAACGAACAGAUCCAGAUGGUCAUUGAUUCUGGGGUCGUUCCAUUUCUCGUGCCUCUCCUCAGCCACCAGGAGGUCAAAGUUCAGACGGCGGCUCUGAGGGCAGUGGGGAACAUCGUGACGGGGACGGACGAGCAGACACAGGUCGUCCUCAACAGCGAGGUCCUCUCACACUUCCCCAACCUGCUCACACACCCGAAAGAGAAGAUCAACAAGGAAGCGGUCUGGUUCCUGUCCAACAUCACGGCCGGGAACCAGCAGCAGGUCCAGGCUGUGAUCGACGCCGGCCUGAUUCCUAUGAUCAUCCACCAACUGGCCAAGGGUGACUUUGGCACUCAGAAGGAGGCGGCAUGGGCCAUCAGCAACCUCACCAUCAGCGGGAGGAAAGACCAGGUGGAGUACCUGGUGGAGCAGAACGUCAUCCCGCCGUUCUGUAACCUGCUGUCUGUGAAGGACUCCCAGGUGGUCCAGGUUGUGCUGGACGGCCUGAAGAACAUCCUCAUCAUGGCUGGAGACGAGGCCAGCAACAUCGCAGAGAUCAUCGAGGAGUGUGGAGGUUUGGAGAAGAUAGAAAACCUGCAGCAGCACGAGAACGAGGACAUCUACAAACUCGCCUUUGAGAUUAUUGAUCAGUACUUUUCAGGAGACGAUAUUGAUGAGAACUUGCUCCCCGACACCACUCAAGGAGGAACCUUCAACUUUGACCCAGCUUCCAACAUGCAAACGAAGGAGUUUAAUUUCUGAAAGCGGGGGAUGCUCGUUCCGACCAGUUGCACGGGUACUCUGUAAUCACCCCAGACAUUCAUCCAUCCCUCCUCAUCUGGCAACCUGGUACAGAAGGAUUUACCUAACAUCACUUCACACAUGGAAACUCACCACUGAAGGGUUUACCCACCCCACCUCUGCACUGUGGGGCCGUCUCCUUUCUUCUUCUUUUUUUUUUUUUUUGUUUUCUUUUUUUUUUCUCUCAAAUGGUCAUCCUUCACUGAACACUACAGAUCAGUCGUGGUUAUUGAAACGGCGCCGUCACACUCUGGCAGCCGGCAUCAGGAUGGAUUGUCAGUGCUUCUAAAUAUCACACGAAAACAAAACCAGAAGGAAAACAAAGCUUUCGUGGCAAGAUCCGAUUGCCAAAUGUCAAGUCCUCACAAAGCACAUUAUCUCACACACAGACACACACACACACACACACAAUAUACACGCACACUUUUUGACACUUAGAAUCUGUGUGCAUACUUCUGUUAGAAGACGUCAUAUCACGUAACGGGGAAGAAAUACUGCUGUUUGUUUGUGGGGUUAUUUUUUUAUUUUUUUUUUGUGCUUUCCCUCCCUGGAUCGUCCUCUGGUGUUACUUCGCACACGCACACCGACACACACAAAGUACACACAGGAGCACACUUAGACGCCCCGCCUCCUGUGCAGCGGGCGCACCGACACCCCAGUUUAAAGAGUUAAUCCCAGAGCUAAAGCCAUGAUUAACCACGGACCCCCGCCGCCCGGGGCGGGGGGAGGAGUGAAAGGGCUCUAAGGCGAAGCGAGGACUCCGCGGCGAACCGACUGACGGGACUGCUGACUCGGUGACGUCACCUUUUUUUAACGUGACCUCCGCUGAAUUAUCAAACUCGAUGUUUGUUUUGAAAACAAGAAAAGAGAAAAAAAAAAAAACAAGAAAAUCAUCAAAAAUGUGAAUAAAAUGCCAUAACUUUUUUUUUUUUUUCCUUCUCCAACACAACUCUAUAAGACCCGCGAGCGGCCUGCUGGCGAUGCAGCAGCGCGGCCGCGUUUUUGUUCUGAUGGACGUGAACGCCCGUCACGGGAGGAAGCGCCUCUGGGUGAAGGCAGAGAGACAGUGGAGCAUGUCAGCUGUAGCGUUCACCCCCCCCCACCCACCCCCGCCCCCGCCGGAGCGCCGUCACCUGUCUGCCAUCCAGUGAACUGUUUGCUCGGGACUCCCCUGUAAUGUGAAGCUCUGAAAGGUGUGUGUGUGUGUGUGUGUGUGUGUGUGAGAGAGUGUGUGCGAGUGUGUGUGUAUGGGGAGGGGUGGGUUCAACAACACAUCCAACUAAAAUCGUCCUUGAUAUCAGACUCUAAGGUUGUUUUAAUUAUUUGGAAGCGCGCUCCGCUCCUCAGACAUUAGUUACAUGUUUCAGCUCCUUCAGUUUGAGUCUGUGGAGUUUACCGAUGUCUGUUUUUCCUUUUUUUUUUUUUUUUUUUUUUCUUUUAGUCUUAUGCACACGUCAGAGAGACAUAAUGAUUUCUGCCUGCAGACAGGGACCUAUACUCACUGAAGACUAGACUUCUGAAAGGAGUACAGGUCCUGAUCUGUACAGUACUUAACUACUUUCAGUGAAGAGGUCACACGUCAUCACUCAAUUUGAAUAAUUGUAAAAAUAAAAUGUGAUGUGUAUCUCUCCUUGCCGUCUAAUGAAUAUAUAUGAAUAUAUUUACAUAAAGCCUGUACAAAGCUGCUGCAGCUGACAGUCAUUGGAUGGACGAUAACUGUCACAGAUGGCUGGGGAGGGUUUUUUUUUUUUUUGUUGAAGCAAUAUUUCUUUUAUUUGACUUGCAUAUGUAUUGUGAUGAUGAUAUGCUGAUAAAUUGGAACCGGCUGUUUUGGAUUUUUUUUUUGUUUUUCUUGGUGGUGACGGGCUGUUUGAGAUGUGCCGUCCCAUGUCCCCGGAGGCGAGCGCACGGGCCGGGGUUCGGGCGAGCGCCUCAGACCCCGACCCUCGGUCCUGCUUCUCCAAGACUUUUCGACCCCCGGGUUGGCUGCUAAAUACUCCCAGGGGUUCAGAGCGCGGGCGGGGUUUUAAGAUUUCGGGGUAGGGGUUGUUGUAAGCGGCCCGGGCUUGUUUUUGGGACUAGCUGUUUAUUACUGAACAAAACAAACAAUAGAGAGGGUGUACAGUCAUGAACUAGCAGACUAGACCGAGCCACUUUAAAGAUUUACAAUUUCGUUGCCUUGUAUCUGAAUUAGAUACAAGCUUAUGUUUGUUGCAAGAUUUUUACUUGCUAAUGAAAAGUUGUUUUAAAUAAAA